CAUGUUGAUGAUCCUUCAAAGAAAAAUCUACCGAAGAACCAAACCUGUAACUGAAAGUGGGACCUACAGUUUCUGUACGCUUUGUUAAAAGAAUAAAAGUGGGUGAAAGUACAUGAGGAAGACUUGAAAAAAGAAGUGGAAGAUAUUUUUGGAAACCAGACUAGAAUCCAUUAAUUUUCUCAUACACAUUAAACCUGAUGGAUACCAUAGAGACAGCAAAGCUUGAAGAACAUAUGGAAGGCCAGUCCAGUGAAACUUCCAGUGGUUAUGCUCAACCUGCUCUCAGUGUUGGUGAGGAAAGCAAGAAUGGCAGCAAUAAACCAAAGGCUUUAUUCAAUGGUUUGCUAAAAGGUGCUAAAAAGUAUCUAGACUAUAUACAAUUUUCCAUUCCCACUGAAUCUAGAAACAGAUUUCCUUUAGAAUGGUGGAAAACAGGCAUUGCCUUUGUAUAUGCUGUCUUCAAUUUAAUUUUAACAACUGUCAUGACCACAGUGGUACAUGAGAGGGUACCUCCCAAGGAGCUCAGUCCUCCAUUGCCAGAUAAAUUUUUUGAUUAUAUUGAUCGUGUGGAAUGGGCUUUUUCUGUAUCAGAAAUAAAUGGAAUUAUCCUUGUUGGAAUAUGGAUAAUCCAAUGGCUGUUUCUUAAAUACAAGUAAGUAGCUCUUUUGCUUUGAUUUUUCUUAUUAUGAAAAUUGAGAACUGUGGAUGUUUUAAAAUGCACUGUAUACAAUGAUCUAUAGACUUGUGAAAUCAGUAGGUUUGAGAUGCUAACAAAGAUUUUUGCAAUUGCAAUAAUGCAAUCGUAGAAAUAAAGAAUCUGCAUCCUGAGUGAGUGUCAAUAUAUAGCAAAUACUUCCAAGAUGGAGGAAUGUGGGCAAUAGUAUGCUAACUGGCUAGGUAAUUUAUAGAUUAUGAAUUCUAAUUUGCACAGAAUAGGAUUAGCAGAUUUGUAUAAAAUUGGGCUUUGCUUGUAUCUGUGGCAUACUAGAUGGAAUGUGCUGAAACUGACCACUACUAUACUUAUCAAACUAAGU